AUGCACAAGCAUCACCACUGCUGUCGAUGCCCGGAAUGCUAUGAGGUGACACGCAUGGCGGCCCUGCGGCGGAUGGAGCCCCCCACUUACGGCGAAUGGCAACACGAGCAGUAUGGCUACGGGGGAUACGGUUCGCAGACGCUGCCUUCCCAGGGGGGUGCCACCCCCACUGCCACUGCCAGGAACAAGGGCAAGCUGAUCCCCACGUCUCGUGACAACGUCCCUCCUGCCCCCCCUAAACAGAGCCAAGGCAAGACUGGCACCCCCAAGAUGAACGGGAACAGCCCAGGCUGGUGGCCUGAGUGCACCUGCUCGAACCGUGACUGGUAUGAACAGGCUAGCCCUUCACCCAUCAUUGUGAAUACAGAUGCCCUGGAGCCAAGUCUGUCUGUGAAUGGCAGUGACGGGAUGUUCAAAUACGAGGAGAUUGUCUUGGAAAGGGGUAAUUCUGGCCUCGGAUUUAGCAUUGCUGGGGGCAUCGAUAACCCACACAUCCCUGAUGAUCCUGGCAUUUUCAUUACCAAAAUUAUCCCAGGUGGAGCAGCAGCCAUGGAUGGGCGGUUGGGGGUGAAUGACUGUGUACUGAGGGUGAAUGAGGUAGAUGUCUCCGAGGUAGUGCACAGCAAGGCUGUGGAGGCGCUGAAGGAGGCGGGGCCUGUGGUGCGGCUUCUUGUGCGGCGAAGGCAACCCCCACCAGAGACUAUAAUGGAGGUCAACUUGAUGAAAGGACCUAAAGGAUUGGGUUUCAGCAUUGCUGGGGGCAUUGGAAACCAACAUAUCCCAGGAGACAACAGCAUCUAUAUCACCAAGAUCAUAGAAGGCGGGGCAGCCCAGAAAGAUGGGCGGCUGCAGAUUGGUGACCGGCUUCUUGCGGUGAACAACACCAACCUGCAGGAUGUGCGGCACGAGGAGGCAGUGGCUGCGCUGAAGAACACCUCUGAUAUGGUGUACCUGAAGGUGGCCAAGCCAGGCAGUCCUCAUCUCAAUGACAUGUAUGCUCCGCCUGACUACGCCAGCACCUUUUCUGCUUUGGCCGACAACCAUAUAAGCCAUAAUCCUGGUCUGGGCUACAUGGGUGGCAUGGAGAGCAAGCCAGCCUACCCUGCACCACCACAGGUCACACCUGCCCGAUACUCGCCUGUGCCACGCCAUAUGAUUGGUGAUGAAGAUUUCACCAGGGAACCCCGGAAGAUUACCUUGCACAAGGGUUCCACAGGUUUGGGCUUCAACAUUGUGGGUGGUGAGGAUGGCGAGGGCAUCUUUGUCUCCUUCAUCCUGGCUGGUGGUCCUGCUGACCUGAGUGGAGAGCUGCGGCGUGGAGACCGAAUUCUCUCGGUGAAUGGUGUCAACCUUCGGAAUGCAACGCAUGAGCAAGCGGCGGCAGCACUGAAGAGGGCUGGGCAGACGGUCACUAUCGUGGCUCAAUACAGGCCUGAAGAGUACAGCCGCUUUGAAUCGAAGAUCCAUGACCUGAGAGAACAGAUGAUGAACAGCAGCAUGAGCUCAGGAUCUGGCUCACUCCGGACAAGUGAAAAGCGGUCUCUCUAUGUCCGGGCCCUGUUCGACUAUGACCGAACUCGGGACAGCUGCUUGCCCAGUCAAGGACUCAGUUUUUCUUAUGGGGACAUCUUACAUGUUAUCAAUGCCUCAGAUGAUGAAUGGUGGCAGGCAAGGCUAGUAACACCUCAUGGAGAGAGUGAGCAGAUUGGGGUCAUCCCCAGCAAGAAGAGAGUGGAAAAGAAGGAAAGGGCGCGGUUGAAAACAGUGAAAUUCCAUGCCCGGACCGGGAUGAUCGAAUCCAACAGGUCGAUCAAAACGAAACGUAAAAAGAGUUUCCGCCUCUCUCGAAAGUUCCCAUUUUACAAGAGCAAAGAGAACAUGGCCCAGGAGAGCAGCGGACAGGAACAGGGAGUGACGUCAAACACCAGUGACAGUGAAAGCAGUUCCAAAGGACAAGAAGACACAAUUCUGUCGUAUGAACCUGUGACCCGGCAAGAAAUUCACUACGCAAGGCCCGUGAUCAUUCUGGGACCCAUGAAGGAUCGAGUCAACGAUGACCUUAUCUCAGAGUUCCCUCACAAAUUUGGCUCCUGUGUGCCACACACUACCAGGCCCCGACGUGAGAAUGAAGUGGAUGGUCAGGAUUACCACUUUGUGGCAUCCCGGGAGCAGAUGGAGAAGGACAUUCAAGACAGCAAGUUUAUUGAGGCGGGGCAGUUCAAUGACAAUCUCUAUGGGACAAGUAUUCAGUCUGUGCGGGCAGUAGCAGAGAGGGGGAAACACUGCAUUCUUGAUGUGUCCGGCAAUGCUAUUAAGCGGUUGCAGCAAGCACAACUGUACUCAAUUGCCAUUUUCAUCAAGCCAAAAUCCAUUGAAGCGCUUAUGGAGAUGAACCGGAGGCAGACGUAUGAGCAAGCCAACAAGGUCUUUGACAAAGCCAUGAAAUUGGAACAGGAGUUCGGAGAGUAUUUUACAGCCAUUGUACAAGGAGACUCUCUGGAGGAGAUUUACAGCAAAAUCAAACAGAUAAUAGAGGACCAAUCUGGGCAUUAUAUUUGGGUCCCAUCCCCUGAGAAACUGUGAAGUUCCACCCCUCCAGUCCACUUCCUUCUGAGAAGAUCAGAGACCCCUCCCCCAAGCCCUCUGCCCCCAAGCAGGGGAGUGUGAAUACUGUUCCUCUCCCUUUUUUAGAUUGUUGAGAAUUCAGUUUUCUAGUCCUGUUUUUUUUCUUGGGAUGGACCAAUCUCAUUCAUCAAGUGACUGUCCCUGCCAUUCCUGCAUGGACCUUCCUGCUGUUUCCUUAGAAACGGAAACAGACCCUAUUUGAGAGUUGUGUGUUUUUUUUCCUUUUAAAUUAUGAUCAGUAAAAUCAAGAAGCAAGAUGGGAGGUGGCAGCUGAGGAGUAGCCUAAAGAGCUGCCAAAGCAACUGACUUGGACAGUGACUGCCCGUUAGACAUACUGAGGAAUGUGGCAUAUGGGGGCAGCUUUCUGAAGAGCAUCGUGAUCACCCAGCACUGUGACCGAAGGAGAGGCAACAGAAUGCAUAUAUUUAUCUGUAUAUGUAGUUAUAAUAUAUAUAUAUACACACACACAUAUAUAUAUAUAUAUUAUAUUUGGACUCAAAUGUGAGGGGGUGUUUAAGUGGUACUGUGUUAAUGCAAGAACUGUACUGCUGCUGUGUCUCAGCCAUUGGGCAUGGAAACCAUGGGGGGAAGGAGCAAACUUUAACGGUACCAGGUGUGUAUUCCAUGCUUUCCAAAGCCAAGGCUGUGGAGAAGGCCGCAUUUGGGAAGAACAGAGGACUGGUGCUGUGACUGGAGCAAGCAGAGGCCUAGAGCCCCAGGUGAACACAGCAGCUGAUCUGAUUAUGAGAAAGCAAAUGGAUUAUGCUACAUAUUGAUUGCACAUUGUUUUAUGUCACCUGAUGUGUUUGCAUGAGAGGCUUUUUGUUUUUUUUAAGCUGGUGUUAAACCAAAAUCAAGUUUGUGUUGGUGUGUUGGCUUUUUCAUUAUUCCAGGCUUUUGAUUUUAAUAAUGAUCCGAACGGGUAUAAAAUCCAGUUUUUUAACUUAUUUUUUAAGAUUGUUCCAUUGUAAAUAGACUCCAGAUUCAACCUACGGACAUGUGGAAUGAGUGCACCGGCUGUUCUUUGUUGCAGUGGGGUCAUUUCCCUGUAGAAAGACUAAACUCCAUCCUGCUGACUUGUUCUGUCUGGUGGAAGAACACUGAGUUCCAUGCAGUUAGAAGCUGGAAGAAGUAGCAGACAAUGGGAGGAGAAGUGGUGUCUUAGAAGGACACAGUAUCCCAACCACAUGAUGGAAGUGAGAACAGACUUGGGGGGGCGGGGGCAGAAUCAUGUGGCAAAUUCUGAUUGUGUCACUUGAUGUCCUUUCCAACAAGCAUAUUGGGCUGAUCUUCCUGUUUUGCUCUUGUUCAAAAUGCCCAGAGCAUUGAUUGUCUCCCCUCUCCAACCUCUGCUUGCAGUUUUUCAAGACAGGAAAGGAAGGUGGAGUUUGGAAGGCACUCUGGUGUGAGGCACAGACUGUUAGUCUUCCAUGGACUGAGACAGCUGCUUCUGGGAAGCCUUGAUAUGUGCUCAUCUGAGUGAUGUCUAUCAGUAUGUAAACUGUGGAGUUCCAAGUCUUAUUUGAUAUACUGCCUCAAAUCAUUUGGAUCAAAGACAGUUUUGGGGUUUCAGGCAUUCCUAGUUUGGUACGACCCCCUAUUAGCCAAAGGGGAAAGUUUGCUUUCUUAGUCUAACCCCCCUUUCCCAAGCUUGAAGCAGGCAACUGUACACCUGGUUUCCAUGGAAUGAGCACAAUGGCUGCUGUGGGAGAAGACCCAAGUGUUCCUGGUCCUAAUCCAGUCAGUAGGACCAGUCCCCAAAUUGUAGCAGGUGAUGCUGCCUGCCCCGUAGCUGGUAGGUAGCUGCGUCAUUCAUUCAGUGUGAUUUGUGCACGGGCCCUCAUUGUUAAAUAAUGAGUGAAAACUGUCAUCUUGCGGAGAUUCAUUCUGGUAAGCGAGAAGCUGUUUCCACAUCAGUUGGUGUUCCAAAAAGCUUCAAGUGGAAUAUUGGUAGGACUGGAGUUGCUGCCUGCCAACAGGACUACAAAGGAUAAAGACAAGGAAGCUGCUGUCAUGUAUGUGCCUCUGGUGGAGGGAAUUUGGAUGAGGGGCUGCCACCUAUUCCCUCUGCUCAGCUGGUUCUGCCGUUGGCCUGUGCGCAAUAGAAGCAGCUUCUGAGGUGGCCAGUCUCCAGGUUUCAACCCCUUUCUUUUCUAAUAGCCUGUCACCUUGUCUUCUAGGCACAUGGAGGGAAAGCCUAUGUACUCCAUGGCAUAGCUGAAAGUA